GAAGGAGCGCAGGACGACGCCGGGAUGGCGGAGCUCAGGGAAAACGGGGCGGGAGACACAACCAUCCUGGAGGAGGAGCAGCAGUGCCGCUGGGAAUCUCCCAGCGACGAUUCCUCGGAGACGAGGCUGAGCGGAGAGCACGGCACCACCACCACCACCACUUCCAGCAGCUGGGGGUGGGACACGCCGACGGAGCCGGGAAGCGCGACGGAGCGGAGCAGCUCCAUGUCCACCAUCGACACGGCCAGGCUGCUCCGGGCCUUUGGGCACCACAGGGUCACCGUGGCUCCCAGGGGGUCUCCCAGGGUGUCUCGCAGGCUUUCCCAGCUCUAUUCCACCAUCGGCCUCCAGAAGAGCCGCUCGGAAAAGCGGGAUGAGGGAAGCGGCGAAGCGGCGGGCGCGGAGUAUCCGAAGGUCGGCGCCGAGAGGCACAGGAGGAGUAAGGAGGUGCAGAGCACCAUCACCACCUCCUCAGAUUCCACCUGGGCCAGCAGCACCUCUUGGGGUCCCAGCUCUGCCCUCAGCACCAAGAGACGGGUCCGGAUGUUGAACAAAGGGAUCCAGGCAGGAGACCUGGAGAUUGUGAACAGCGCGACCAAGAGGAACACCCGGGAUGUUGGGUUGACUUUUCCAACGCCAAGAUCCAUCCAGGCAACCCAGAGGCCUCGGGAAUCCUGGCGUGGUGUCCGUGGGACCUCAUGGUUUGUCCAAGGAGAAGACUUGAAAUCUGAAUCUAGGAAAGAAAACCAUUCCAGUGCCAUUUCUGGUCCUGGGCCAUCCUGGUUUGAGCCCUGGACCAGCACGAAGCCCUGGAGGGAACCGCUCCGAGAGAAAAACUGGGAAGAGCAGCAGCACCACGUGAUUCCAGCAGCAGCUCCAGACAGAGGUGCUGGGAAGGGGCCUGUGCUGCCCUUUGUGAAACUCACACUGCAGGAGGCUCUGGCCGUUCAUCGCCCCGAUUUCAUCUCCCGCUCCGGGGAGCGAGUGAAGCACCUCAAACUGGUCAUGGAGGAGAGGAGGAUCCAGAGGGGGCUGCAAUCCCAGCGGGAAGAGCUUGGGAAUCCCCCCGGGAAGAGAAAAGGCUCCAGGAGUUCGAGUCACCUGCUGGCUGACAGAGGUUUUCCAAUGAGGGAAAAGAGAAGAGCAAUUCCAAAGAGUGAAAUGGUUCAAAGGUCUAAAAGGAUCUAUGAGCAGCUUCCAGAGGUGAGGAAGAAGAGGGAGGAGGAGAAGAGGAGGCUGGAAUACAACUCGUACCGCCUGAAAGCACAGCUCUACAAAACAGUGGGUGUUCUGCUCCAGGACAUUCCAGAAUGUUCUUCCAUGAACUCACAAAUAGAGAGGAAUAUUUGCUAAGUGGGAAUCCUGUGGUAUUGGAAUUUUGAAGGGUUUAGGCUCUACUGGGAUUUAAUCAGGGUCAGAGAAGUCAAGCUUAGGAAAAUAUGGAAUAUUAAUUUCCCUACGUAACCCAAAAUCCUGAAAUAAGCAGAGGAGCCCCAUUUGUCCCCUUGGAGAAGGGAAUCUCCAAAAGUGACCAUCCAUGAGCUUCAUCUUUCUCUUAAUAAGACCUGAUCAUGGAAUCAUGGAAUGGUUUGGGUUGGAAGGGACCUUAAAGAU